GAUUAAAAUAUUCUCAAAACUCUUCCAACUUCAAUCCGCCUUCCACUUCCUUAUUUAUCUAUAGAAAGCAGAUGGUCUGAUUUGGUUUUCUAUGAUUUCAGUUUUCAUCUCUGUCUCGAGUCUUGACCAACCAUGGAGCAAGAGAGCCACCACCCAUCUCACUCUAGCACUGACAGCUUCCCUGGCUUUCAACCAUGGAAUACAGGAGGGUUUGAUGUAAAGAAGAAGAGAAAGCUGCUAAUUGAGCUUGAGCAACUAAGCUUUCCCACACCAAAGCUACCACGUUGGGGUCCAACACCAUCAGUUAGCUUUCCCUAUGGGGGUAACUUCAAAUUCAACCAAAACCCUCAAAAGGAUGUAGAAGAAGAAGAAAUAAAUCUUACGAAAAGGGCGAUGGAAGUUAAGGAGAUAUCAAAAUUGGAGGCUCUAAUGGAGAGUGGGUUGCAUAUAAGCUAUGGCCAUGGGGAAGAUCUGCUGGAGUUUGGAAGCACUGAUGAGGAAUGUUAUAGAGACUCCAAGCAUGACUUUGUUUUGUCAUCUGGGAGAUGGAACGUAGACCCCCCCUCAGAGGCAGAAUCCAAGACUCUCAAACCCACCAUUGAUCAAGAAUUUGAGCAGUACUUUUCUGUACUUUUGCUUUGAUUCCUGGGAUGUGUCCACUUAAAAUCUCUGUAUAUUCCACUUUAGAGGAAUUAUAAAGUGUGUGUGUUCUUUGAGACCAAAGAAUUUCAGAAACUGUGUGACAGUUCAAUUCAAGGUGAUGACUGUAAAUGACUAAAUGUGAAGAUCAUAUGAAUGAGAUUGUAAGGAACAGGUUUAAUUUCUGCAA